UAAUCAGCGGUCGCCUCGCCCUGAAAAGAACGAAGUAACCGAUAGCGCGCGGAGAGUGAAAAGAGCCGUGCGUCGUCUCAUCAUCUAAUGUAGAUCUCUCGAAAGUAUUAUUCGCAGUCGCGCAAUAUUACUGCUGGAGCAACACACACUCAUACGACACGAUAAUAGCCCAACUAGCUCGCUGCGCCGCAUAAACGGGCCCAGCUCAUCAUAUACCGCCGCACCACCAGGCGUACAUUAUUCUGUCAUUGAGCAGAAGAAGCACUUCAUUUUCUUUUCAAGCCAGAAAAUUAGCAAUGAGGUGCCACUUCUUAGCGUUUCUCCUCCUCCUCACCUUCGCGAGCGAUUUGAGCUUUGCGGGCCCGAUUCUCGACACAGAAAACGACGUCCCUGACGACCAAUGUCCCCUCCACUGCGUCUGCAGUUCAAGUGAACUGGACGCCUUGGUAAAGUGCGAUGGCUUUCAGGAAAAUGACGAAUCCCUUCAAAUAUAUGAUCUGACGGGUCAUGAUCAGGGGUUGGUGACCCGGUUGGAAGUGACCAAUUCACUGAUCCCGACUUUGAAGCAAAGCUUCUUGGUCGGCAAGAGAGACUUCAGUCUUCUUCGAACCUUGAAACUAACCUACUGCGAAAUCGAAAAAAUUAACCUGGAAGCUUUUAAAGGUGCCUACGCUUUGGAAGAAAUUGACCUUUCCAAUAACGACCUCCAAGGUACCCUCCACUCCGAAACUUUUAAGCACCAUUGCCCAAAUUUAGUGCUUUUAAAUUUAAAAAACAAUCCUGGUCUCAAACUGCCAGAAAACAAACCUUUUUUGAAAUCCCAUUCAAUACAGGAAAUCGACCUUUCUGAGUGUGGAGUGACCCACGUAUAUCAGCAGUCAUUUGCCAAACUGCAGCGCGUGACCUUUAUCAGUCUGGAGCACAAUGCCAUUGAGUACAUUCACCCUGAGGCGUUCUCCAACUUGCCGUACCUGGAGGAACUGAAUUUGUCAUUCAACUCGAUAAUUAACGUUCCCCAAAACUUGCCACUCAGCCUCCAGAUUCUCGGUCUGCGUGGAAACCCUGAGUUUAAUGUAUCCUCCCUGAUCGACCUGAACCCAAAUCUGGCCAUCACUGAGUUAGACAUCAGUCAAUGCAACAUUGACAAGCUUCCAAUUGACUUAUUUUACAACCUCCCUGAGCUUAUCAACCUGAACAUCAGCAACAACCUCCUCACCAAUUUGUACUCGCCUUUCGUCCUCCGCCAGUUACGGUACCUGGACAUUUCCCACAACUCCUUGUUUGGCGCCCUGGACAAAAAUCUCUUCACCCACACUUUGAAUAUGGAAACCCUGAAACUGAGCUGGAAUGAAGGACUGCAGCUUCCAGAGUACGGAUUUCUGGGUGAUCUGACGUCCCUCUACUUCCUUGACCUGUCAGGGUGUGGCAUGACUGAAAUCAGAACAGCCUCAAUCGACACCCUGACCUCUCUAGCGCACCUGAAUUUAAGUCACAACGCACUCAACACUAUUCCCAGCCACAUAUUCCGAACAAUGCCUCACCUUGGAGUGGUGGACGUGUCUUACAACAAGCUGAAACUUCUUCCCAAUUCACUUUUCGAGGACAAUCCAAAACUGAGGCACCUUUAUUUGGGGCACAAUGAAGAUUUAGAUGGCGUUUUGAAAAACAACCUUUUGGCAAACAACGUGGGCUUGAAAACUUUAGACAUUUCUUACUGCAGUUAUAAAAACGUCCCUGAAAGUCUUCCUCAGGGUCUGACCUCCUUAAACAUCGCUGGCAAUAAUAUCAAUCAUCCAAACAUAUUGCUAAAAUUAGUAAAUUCGCUGCCAUUUUUGAGUAAGUUGUUGGUCGAAGAAAAUCCCUGGAAAUGUUCCUACACGUUUACGUUCCUGAAAAACGCCCUUGAAUCGAAGGGAGUGGAAAAUGCCGAAGGAAAAAGUUGGGACGAGGUGCACAAUAGUGUUUGCAAAGGCGAGCACAAGAGUCAAAACUUGUCUAAUCUAUCCUUCUUUGUGCCGGAAACAAAUAACGUAGUAAAAGCACACUUUUGGUCCAUCAUGACCUUCCUGCUGACCCUGACCGUCUGCAUUGUGAUCGCCGUUGGGUGCACCGUGGCGUACAGGAGUUGCAGGAGCAAGGUCAAGGCGAAGGGUAACAGCAAGUAUUACUCACUUAGUGAGUCCCCCACAUCCUCACCGGCACCACAUCGAAUUUACAAAGAGACCACCAUACCAAUAAUGAAAACCACCGAUGAGAAGCAAAGCGAAAAUAAGGAAGAGCUUCCCCUCACUUUCAGCAAGACUUUUAUUUUCCCCAAAUUCCCCGUGACCGAAUCGGAUCUGCCCGUAUCCUACCUCGAAGGAAAUUAUCACCACGACGAGUUGGUGCCUUAAGAAGAGUUGUAUCUUAAUAAGUGUGCUAAAAAAAUGAGAAUAAUCGCUAGUCCCUUAAAGCUUUGCGGGUUAAGGCUUCUUCUUAAAGAAUUGUGUAUAUUCACUAAAACAAUUUAAGGGCAGACAGUAAUAUGCGUUGAUCUUUCAAUAAAAUGUUUUAGUUUUUCGAUAAUAAUUUUUAAUGAUACGUAUGAUGUAUCUCGAUUUGGGCAGAUAUUACCUUGCGGUACACCAAUAAACUUAAUUUGCAACUUAUGUGAUGAAAUUUAUAUGUAAUUUUAAAUGUGUAUAAUAUAAUUGUAAUAAAAGCAGCUAUAUUUAAAUCUGAUGAUAAACGCUGGCUUUUAUUUAACAAA